GAGAGGCCAGAGAGCAGCUUAGCUAGCCAUCCAUCGGCAUCGUUAGUUCAUCACACACGCGAGGCAGAGAGGACAAGAGAGAGCGCGGAGGAGCAAAGAUGGUGAAGAUCCCGAGCCCGAGGAGGCUGUUCAGGAGCCGGUCAAGGAGCACGCUGGGCGGCGGCGGCGGGGUGGACAUGUGCGCCAUGGUGGCCGAGCACGAGAGGAUCGAGUGGGAGGUGCGGCCCGGCGGGAUGCUGGUGCAGAAACGCCGGGGGCCGGAAAACGACGGCUGCGACGCAGAGGAGGCCAUCAUGGUGAGGGUGUCCACCGCCGGCGGCGGGUGGCAGCACGACGUGCCCAUCGACGCCACCGCCACCUUCGGCGACCUCAAGGUGCUUCUGUCGCUGGCCACCGGCCUCUGGCCGAGGGAACAGCGGCUACUGUACCGAGGCCGAGAGCGGGACGACGGUGACCACCUGCACAUGGCCGGCGUCCAGGACAAGGACAAGGUGCUCCUCCUGGAGGACCCCGCCGUCACCGAGCGGAAGCUCCUGUCCACCAGCCUCGCGCAGCUCAUGGGGGUGCCCUGCCAUUCCUUCAUCCAAGUCUAAGAAACCCACGCCCCAUCAGCUGUUCUCGCUGUUUAUUUGGGCCAAGAUCGGUUUGAGGUGCGUUAGUUAAGCGUUUAACUGCAUUCUUUUCAAUCUUUAGAGUUUUUUUGGGUUCAAUCAGGGCUUGGAUUUGGCCGAUUGAAUCGAAAAACGGGCAGCUUUAGGAUACAAUACACUACAGUACAUGUUGUAAAAUAUUGUAAUUUGUGUAAGCAGACAAUGACAGUGUCACAGUGAUUGUGUUUUCUAGUACAAAUGUGUACAUGUGUGUUUUUAUUCUUUGUUGCUGGCUCCAUGUACAUCCUUUCCAUGGAAUUAGCAACAUAGUUCACACUGUACAGUGAUUGUAAUUUGUGUAAGCAAGCAAUGACAGUGCCACAGUGAUUGUGUUUUUUACUUCCUCCGUUCCAAAAUAGAUGACUCAACUUGAGUCAUCUAU